AGGAAAAAAAAUCUCAGUGUCAGUGGUAUUAAGAUUCGCUCGUAUUUCAUGGUCACGCUCAUAAGUCCUCUGCUUGCAAUGCAUGGAUGAUGUUUUCUGCAGUGAGAUUUAUCAGAAGAAUGGCUGCACAAAGGAUAACUCUAGCAGCCUUUGUGCUCUUUAUCCCUGCAGCUCAAUGUUCGACACUGAAUGAUUCACCCUUCACACUCACUAACAGGGCCACUGGUUUUUGUUUGGUGAAAAAAUUAACCCGAUGUCUCGACAUUCGCUGGACAUCGGGGAAUCGUCUUUUUGUGACCUCAACUAAAAAGUGCCUUGGAGCGCAGGGCAAAAGCGUGGGGAGUGAAGUCAAUCUCUAUGACUGUGACGACAGGAGUCCGCUCCAAAAAUGGGAAUGCAGGAAUGAAACGCUGCUCACCCUCAAGGGCCAGCAGUACUACAUCAAGGUCCAAGAAGACGAGUCAGUAGUCCUUUCCAAAACCGUCGACCAACAGAACUACCUCACCAUCACAGGGACAAACAGCGGCCCUUGCACAAGAACGUACAGAGAACUGUAUACCAUCGACGGAAAUGCAUUUGGUAAGCCCUGCGUGUUUCCCUUCCAGUACAAAGACCGGUGGUUUGGGGACUGCACUACCUUCGACUCCUCAAUAAAGCGUGCCUGGUGUGCAGUCGAAACAAAAUUUGAACGUGAACUGUGGGGAUACUGCCCGAGUUCUUCCACAGACACCUGGACGAGAAACCUCGCUACAGGAGCAUAUUACCAGGUGAACGCAGCGUCAGCUCUGACUUGGUCCCAGGCUGACGUCAGCUGCAAACAGCAGACUGCCUCCCUGCUCAGUAUCACCGACCCCAAUGAACAGGCAUUCGUCUCAGUUAUUCUGGGAUCAGGGAAGAGCAAAUUUUGGAUCGGGCUGGUUCUGGACCCAGACCAUGGCUGGCAAUGGACUAACGGGAGACCAUUCCGUUACUUAAGAUGGUCUGCUGGAAAUCCUAUGCCUAAUCCUGGACACAACUGUGCAGUUCUUGACUCUACCGGGCAGCAGACCUGGGAAACGUCAACCUGCGGCAGGAAACAGGGGUAUAUCUGCUAUAAAGAAGGGAGUCCACCUCCUCCGGUGCAAAUCGAGGAAGGAUUUUGUGCGAAUCCUUGGAUUCCGUAUAACGGCCAUUGUUUCCACCUUCAACGCACAGUCCAGACGUGGACUGAUGCACAGAGAGAGUGUCGCAAAGAAGGAGGGGAUCUAGUGAGCAUCCGCAAUGUGGAGGACCAAAGCUUUAUCAUCUCUCAACUUGGAUACGGACCCACAGAUGAGCUCUGGAUUGGUUUUAAUGACAGGAGAACAGAAGGACUGUUUGACUGGAGCGAUCAUUCUACUGUCAGCUUCACCAGCUGGGAAUAUGGGAAACCAACUGUCUCCAGUGAUGUAGAAGACUGUGUUCUUAUUAGAGGAGAGAAUGGAAACUGGGCUGAUCGUUCCUGUGAUGAAAGACAUGGUUAUAUCUGUAUGAAGCAGAGUUCCACUGAACGCACCGGGGAUGAAGUAGAUGUGGACGUCGGCUGCAGACCCAUGUGGAAGAGACAUGGCUCCUACUGUUACUUCAUAGGGACAGAAACCAAAACAUUUGAUGAUGCUAAAGAGGACUGCAAGAGCUCAGGGUCCUAUUUGGCCGAUGUCGCUAAUGGGGUGGAUAAUGCGUUUCUUGUCAGCCUGGUGGGAAUGAGACCAGAGAAAUACUUCUGGCUCGGCCUUUCCAACCAGAAAAACCUCGAUGAGUUUGUGUGGACAAACACAGACACAGUGAGGUUUACUCACUGGAACUCCGAAAUGCCAGGUUACCAACAGGGCUGUGUUGCAAUGACAACGGGGAUUUUGGCUGGACUCUGGGACCUGCUGCCAUGCACCAAUACAGAGAAAUACAUCUGCAAACACCUGGCAGAGGGGGCGGUUCUAACCCCUGUACCUCCCACUGUCACUCCUCCCAAAUGUGCAGAAGACUGGAAUCGAAUAGGAACAAGAAACUACUGCUCCAAGUUUUUUACAGGGCCACGUUCAGAGGAAAAGACCUGGUUUGAGGCCAGGGAUUACUGCAGGGCCAUUGGAGGGGAUCUGCUCAGUAUUCAUAACUCAGCUGAACUACGUGUGGGACGUCAUGGAAGAGCCUGGAUUGGUCUACAUAUUCCUGACCCGAAUUCUGGUUAUGCAUGGUCUGAUGGAACCCCGGUUAACUUCCAACACUGGCAGGAAGGAGAGCCAAACAACUUUAAUAAUGCUGAAAACUGUGUUGAAUUCAGAAUAUAUAACUGGGAUGAAUCUGGGUCUUGGAAUGACGUCAACUGUGAAAGUUACAAUGACUGGUUGUGUCAGAUUCGAGCAGGAGUGACUCCAAAACCCCCUCCAAAUAUUACUGCAACAGAGUAUGAGACAACAGACGAUGGCUGGAUUAAAUGGGGAGGAAACCAGUAUUACAUCAACAGAUAUUCAAUGGCCAUGGAAGAUGCUCGCCAGUACUGUCGGAAUAGACAUGGUGACUUAGUAUCAUUUACCAGCGAAGCUGAGAACGUCUUUGUUUGGAAACAGAUAUCCAGAAACUAUGGGUACUAUUAUAUCGGCAUGUCAGUGGAUCUUGAUGGAUCAUUUUGGUGGUUGGAUGGUUCUUCGGUGGAGUUAACAAGAUGGGAUGUAGAUCAACCAAAGACUGACACGUUUGAUGACAACUGUGUUGUUAUGACUUAUUACAUGGGUUUCUGGAGUUCUUCUAACUGUGGCCAAGAGUACCAGUCCAUUUGUAAACGCAGUGGCUCAGCACCCGUUAACACCACCGUUGCCCCCACAGUUGCUCCUAAAGGUGGAUGCCCAAUUAAAUGGCGAAAAUUUGGCUCUAAGUGUUAUAAUAUCAUUACGAACCGGAAAACCAGCUGGGAGGAAGCACGGAAGCAAUGCAUUACCAUGGGAGGCAAUCUGGUCUCUAUUCCUAACAGACAGGUGCAAGCUUUCCUGAUCACCAGAAUGGCUGAAAUGGCCAACUCAGACCUGUGGAUUGGUUUGCACAGUAUAAGAAAAGAUGAGUUUUUCUGGACUGAUGGAAAACCAAGAAAAUACACCAACUGGGGCUAUGCUAAACACAAACGUCGCCCGGGAAGCUUUUAUCAAAGAUGGAAUGAGGAAGACUGUGUUUUGAUGACCAGUAAUCCAACAUUUGGCUUUGGUAAAUGGUUGAUAAAGCCCUGCAAUGACACCAAUGGAUUUGUCUGUCUUCGAGAUCUAGACCCAAGCAUCCCAUCCCAGCCAGACCCAAUAAUUCCAAAUACAUAUGUAACUUUGGGAAAUCACAGUAUCAAGAUAGUGACUCAAAAUCUGACCUGGGCUGAUGCCAAAAAACGCUGUGAAAAUGAUCAAGCCAACCUAGCCAGCCUACGAAAUGAGUGGACACAGGCCUAUGCCGAGCUAAUGUCUGUGACUCUCAAAGCUCCUCUGUGGAUUGGACUGAACAAAGACCAGACUGGCGGUUUUUUCAGAUAUGUUGACGGUUGGCACUUGAAUUUUGCCAAUUGGGCUGAGGGUGAACCAAAGCAAAACAAACCUUGUGUGUACCUGGACCUAAAUGGAAAAUGGAGAACAGCUUUCUGCAAUCAAACCAUGAACAGUGUUUGCAUACAGUCUACAGAAGUACCACCGACCGAGUCAAGCAGUUACCCAGGAAUUUGCCCUGCAGACACAGAUGUGGAGUACCACCAGAGCUAUAGCUGGUUACCGUUUAAGAGUCACUGUUACUUGUUCGUCACAGAGGAAAUUGAGUGGGCAGAUGCAGCUAGUAGCUGUGUAAGGCAUGGUGGAACCCUGGCGAGUAUUGAAGAUCCUUCUGAGCAAGAAUUUAUUAAAAGCAAUGUAGAAGUAUAUCAGGACAGCCACAGCUCUUUCUGGAUCGGCCUGUUUAAGACACAUAAGGGGACAUGGUCUUGGUUAGACAAAACAGUCUUGGACUACACUAACUGGGCUGAAAUUGAGCCCAAUAAUGACUAUGGAGAAAUUUCAACCUCGGAUGGAACAUGGGGUACAGGACGUAGAUGGCAUGACAGAGCAUACAUCUGUGAAACACCCAAAGUGAUGCCAGAAAAUCCAGGGGGAAAACCUGAACCACAGGGACCUCAGGAUCGUCAAAACCGUGCCCAUGCCAGUUUGGUAGUUGUACUAGUCAUCAUGGUCAUCUCCUGUUUGAUAGUCGUUGCAAUCUUCAUCUACAAGAAGGCUCCACGUCCUUUACCCACCUUCGAAAAUCCACUCUAUGUUGAAAAUGAGCGACCCCAGCCUGACGUGGUCGACACCAACAAACUGAUAGAGAAAGCAGAGGAGGAAACCCCUGAGCCUAUUAUAACUCUGUGAUGUAUCAGAGCUGAAUCUAGUGGGACAUUACUGUGUCUCAGACUGAUGUAUUACACUCUUAUGCUUCAUUUAGUGGUUUUUACUGCAGUAUACAGUAUAUUCAAUUAUUUAACAAUGUAUUAUUACGCAUGAGUUUCAAUGGAGUUGGCAAUGUCUGACCUCGUGGAACAGAGUAAUUUAGGCUCUAGGAUGUCUCAAUGGAAAAUGAUUUAUGGUUGAUUUCUUUCUUUUUUUUUUUUUUUUCUUUUUUUUAAUCAAUGUAUAUAACUGGCUUAUGCCCACUAGAUGCUGUUUAUUGCUUAUUCUGAAAUGUGUAAUCUAUAUACCAGUCACUGUCAGCAUUAAACUAAUUAGUUUUUUAAUAAAUAAAAUAACAAGAGAUCAGUUCACUUAU